AUGUCCCUAAAACUAGUGCAAAUGAAUCUAAACCAUACGGCGGCGGCACAAGAUUUACUGCUGCAAGCUAUGGCCGAGAAGUGGGAUCUGGCAAUAAUAUCGGAACCCUACAGAGUCCCAGAGCAUCCCCACUGGGCUGGGGACACGGAGGGGCUGGCGGCGGUAGUUUGGGCGGGGAGCGAGAACUCGCCCCCCAUCCAGGUACUGGAACGAGAUAGGGGAUACGUGGUGGUGAAGUGGGGAAGCACGAUCACAGCGUCGUGCUACGCAUCCCCGAAUAAGAGUACGGAAGCUUUCGAGAGGUACCUCGAUGGAUUGGAAUUGGCGGUGCGAUGA